AUGCCUUCGUUCAACUUUCGCGCUCGCAUGAAAGCGCUGGAAAAAGAGGCUCGCAACGAUGUGAAUCUUAACAAGUUCUACUCUCUUGUUGGCAAGGCAGUCUCUAGGGCUCCUUGGGCUGGGAAGACGUACCUGAGCUCCAAGGUGCCGAUUGUGCAAUGGAUCGGACAUUAUUCGCCGUACUGGCUGGGGAAUGAUCUCUUAGCUGGAAUUACGAUCGGAAUUCUGCUAGUACCGCAGAGCCUCGCAUACGCCAAAGUCGCCAACAUCCCGCCUCAGUAUGGUCUGAUUUCCAGCUGGUUGCCGUGUUUGUUCUAUGCGAUUAUGGAUGUCACGGCAGGCCCUACCGCAAUUAUGGGUCUAUUGACCGGCGAGAUUGUCGCCGAUCUCGUCAAGGACGGAUACUCUGCGGCCGUGAUAGCUUCCACGGCUGCCUUCUGGGUUGGCAUCUAUUCUUUAGUCUUGGGACUCCUCCGGCUCGGAUUCCUCCUUGAUUUUAUCCCCACACCAGUCUUAUCCGGCUACGUUUCCGGUGCCGCCAUCACAAUUCUCCUUCAACAGCUUAAGGGACUCUUUGGUCAGACUAAGACCGGCAGCGACACCGCUGGUGUGAUCCGCUACUUCUUUCGUCUCUUGCCACAAACCAACUGGCGUGACUUUUUGAUUGGAUUAUCCGGGCUAGUCAUCAUAUUCGGCCUACAAUUCGUAGGACGACGAUGGGGUAAACACUAUCGAGCAUUGUGGUAUCUUUCCGUGGCUCGAAACGCUCUUGUACUUGUACUGUUCACUGUGAUUAGCUGGGCAGUGAACCGCCACCGCCCUUCCGCCCCUUUGUUCUCAAUUUCCAAAGUCACGGGGACAGGUAUCCUGUCACCCAAAGCCCCGGAUACAGAUCUCCUCACCAAAGUCGCCGGACGCAGCAUCGCUGUGUUUCUGGCUGCAGCCCUCGAACAUUUGGCGAUUGGGAAAGCCUUCGGCCGUCACCACGGCUACGUAAUCGACCAAGACCAAGAACUCAACUUCAUCGGGCUGGUUAAUCUGUUCGGCAGCUUCUUCAGCUGCAUGCCUAUCACAGGUGGCUUCUCGCGCACAGCCGUCAAUUCCGAGUCCGGUGUGAAAAGCCCACUGAGUGGGUUGGCAACGACAGCAUGCGUGCUGAUCAGCAUCUACAAACUCAGCGAUGCAUUCUACUGGAUUCCUUCCGCCACACUAUCUGCAGUCAUUGUGGCAGCGGUAUGGCAAAUCGUGCUCCCCGCACGCGUGUUUUGGGCAUAUUGGAAAGUCUCCUUUGCCGACUUCUUCGGCAGUAUGAUUACCUUUUGGAUUACGUUGUUUGUCAGCGUCGAGAUUGGCAUUGCCUGCGGGGUUGGCUACAGUCUUGUUUAUAUCUUGUUGCAUUUGGCAUUUACCAAGGUUAUGUUGGUUGAUAACGACAACCUCGGGCAGUUGUAUCCCUCGUCGUCAAGAUCUUCGGAGCAAGAGGGGCUACCGGAUGAUACGAUGCUCUUCAUGAUCCAAGACUCAAUCCUGUACCCCAACGCGGCGCGUAUCUCGCGCCAGAUUUGCGAUUAUGUAUACACUUACACAGCUAGUGUUCACGAGCAAUCCGCUUCUUCCUCUUCUCUUGACCGGCAAGCCACGGAAAGUCAUCAGAGACUAUGGAACGACACCAGAACUCACCACGCAACCCGCCUCCGCCGCGAAGCUUUCCCCUCAUCUUCCUCCUCCGAUCACCCGCCCCUUCGGAUACUGAGCAAAGUGAUAAUCGACCUCACCCGUGCAACACAUAUCGAUACCACAGGCCUACAGGCCCUAGACGAUAUGCGCAGUCAGAUUCUUGAUUGGGCUGGUCCCCGCGUAUCAAUCAGGAUUGUGGGCGCGAAUAAGAGGGUUCGCGGUCGGUUUGAGAGGCAUCAUCGGCUCUCAAGACGUAAGCACGCGGAAGAGGGUAGAGGUGAUGGAGAUGCGCCGUUGGAGGCGGGGUAUCAGGUUUUUGAGCUUUUGCAGGAUGCACUGGCAGGUAGGAGGGUAGCGGGGGAAAGUGGUGAGGAAGGGUUGGUGGUUGGUGAGGAGAAUAUAAAAGGGGUAUAA